GUAAUCGUUUGGACACUAAGGUGAUCAAACAUGUUCACGCAGUGUCGGGACUGGAUUGCAUCCGACAAUGCUUGCUUCAAGAUAAAUCAUGCAGAUCUGCUAACUUCAGAAAAACGUGUGGAGGGAAAGAAAAUUGUGAGUUACUACAAACUGUUGAUUCAGAAGAACCGCCAUGCAAUUUAAAGAAAGAUGAAAAUUUUGAUUACUACAUACUACUUGAGCCCGAAAGAGUAAGUAUGUACGAGGAUAUUAUCUUUUGGGCAACUUUAAUAAUAACAAGACGCUCUACGGAGCGUUAACUCGCUGGGGCUAUAUAAAUACGCACAUUACUAUACAUGAUCACACAUGAUACAUACAGUACACAGCUAUUUCAAUUAAGAUUUAAGGUUUUCCCCAAGCUAAGCGAAAAAUUCGAAUACGUGCGCGAAAAGCUUAGGGGCCGAUUACAUGGCGCAUUUUAAACCUCGGGGUUGAACUCAGCCCUGUUUACCGGGUUGAAAUUUCAGCCCAGUCUGUAAUACAAAACUCUAUCAAAAUCAAACGCGCGAUUACAUGACAACAUUUUCAACCCAAGGCUGAGUUCAACCCCGGGGUUGAACUCAGCCCUGGGUUGAAAAUUUUGUCAUGUAAUCGUUUCAACCCAGGGCUGAAAUUAUCAUGAGUUAUUCGAGCAUACGUGGUAGUGACUAUUUAUUACAUGAAAACAAAAUAAAGGCUUUUUUACUUCCGGGAAUCGAUGCCGAGUACGCAUAGUAUAGCGUUUCAACCCCGGAGUUGAAAUCGUCCAUGUAAUCGCAAAUAAUUUCAACCCGGUUAACAGGGCUGAGUUCAACCCCGGGGUUGAAAGUUCUCCAUGUAAUCGGCCCCUUAACACAGUACUAAAAUGCGGUAGGCCCUACCCCUACAAGUACUGUUAUAUUUAGUACGCUACAUCCUCUUUCAAGACUGUCAGUCGCCAGUUGGUCCGUACACUAGGAUUAAACUGCGCUUUAAAACGCUCAAAAUAAACCUUUUUGAGCUUUUGGGCUCAAAAUACUAUCAAAAUGAAGAGAGAAGUGAGACGAAUCCACUGGUGUACGGCCGAAAGAAGAGAAAACCAAUGACACCAAAGUUAUUAAGGAUCAAACGUACUGCAUUUUUUUAUAAUUAGUUUAAUAAUUUUGAGCGGUUUGUGAACAAUACAAUUUCGCUUGAUUUUCAAAGGCCAUAAAUCGCUAGAAUACUGCUGUUUAGUAAUACAUUUGACAUCCGUGAUUACAAUUUCUUACGCUGAAUCGAACGGUGGUAUUUUUAUCCUUAUUGCGCCAUUAGGCAUUACAAAAACGUAGUGCGACUGUGCGAGUAAUUUGUCAACAAAUAUAGUACGUACUUGCGAGCGAUUUGUCAACAAUACAAUUUCGCUUGAUUUUUAAAGGCCAUAAAUCGCUAGAAUAUAUUGGUGUUUAGUGAUACACUUGAUAUCUGCAAGAACAGUUUCUUAUGCUGAAUCGAACGGUGUCGCUUUCUUCUCAAAAUAUAAAGCAGCGCAGCCAAACGUAUAAACUCGAUAAACUUGCGAUUUGCGAAAGUUGCUGUUUCCAUGUCGAAAUUCCUUGUAAAAUUGUUGAAUUUUCCCGAAUUUUCCUCAAAAUGCAGGGUGAUUUAUGGAUAAUUUGGGUCAAAUUGGCAGGAGCCUUAUGGAUAAUUGGGGGAGGGGGGGUGAAUUAAGCAGCUCAUUAAUAUUCUAUUUUGUGACUAUCCACGAUCCGUGAUCCGUGACAAAUGCAUGCCGAAACCUAUACUCGCUUGGACACAGGUGCCCCAGCAAGUAACUAGAUUUUCAAACAGCCCUGAAACUGAAUUUUUCACCACUUUUGCAAGUUUAAAUAUAUGUGCCUCAUUCAAAGGGAAAUCAAAUACUGGCUACUUAUUUGAAUACGCUGAAUAACUACCAGAGUGCGCAUACAAAAAGUGGUUUGUAAAUAUUUUUGUCUUAGUGGUUGGCAGCUCCUGUGCGGCACGUUGUUGCAAAUACACCCUAUACUCUGCAUGCAUGGACACCUCGUUUUCUUACGUUUGGUCUUUUCAAGUUUCUUUCCACAAUUUUUGUUUUUCUCAUCGUCUCCCACUUGUUGAUCGUCCUUCCACGCAAAACUGUCUCACACUGACGUGAUUUGUCUGCACUUCGUCUCUGCUGUACAACUGACGCUUACAUGAACCAUCACAUUAAUUAAUCUCGAAUAUUGCAACAACACAUGCUUCAGCUCUCUAAUGCCCAAAUCAUUUCUCUAAUAUCGAAAUCACUUCCAAUCAUUACCACCACAGGUCGCGGGUUCGAUUCCCACCGCGGUCAAGCAAAUUUGCCGCUUGCCCAGUUUGAACAUACUCUGAAAAAUAUCGCAAUCAUAUAUGUUCACCUGAGCGCACAACACCUGAAACAACGAAUUCAAGAUCAUGAAAACAUACUGAUAUUGAAGGAAUUAGAUUAGUCCCGAAAUAUCUCGAACCGACUUGACCCUGUAGCUCAGUUGCUAGAGCAUUACUGGACUAGAGAACCAAAGGUCGGGGUUCGAUUCCCACCGCGGUCAAGCAAACUUUUCGCUUGCCCGGUGUGGACACACUCAGAGAAACACCGCAAUCAUAUAUCAUCACCUGAGUACACAACACCAGAAACACGAAUUUUAAUUACGUUUGUUUUGUUUAUAUUUAUUUCUAGAAACGUAAAGAUGCUGUUGCAUCAAUCACUCCUCAAAUAAAACAAAAAAUAUCAUCAA